AUGGCAGGCACAAUUAACAAGCCCAAGAGACCCAACUCCAAGCGGACGACAACCCGUCUUCGCAACAAGAUCCAAAAGGCCUCCGCAGCCAAGCAGAGAAAGGAUCGAAAGUUGGCCAAGAAGAACCCAGAAUGGCGAUCAAAAUUGAAGAAGGACCCGGGUAUUCCCAACCUCUUCCCCUACAAGGAGAAGAUGCUGGAGGAGAUUGAGCAGAAGCGCGCAAAGAAGGCCGAGGAGGCCCAGAGGAAAAAAGAAAUGGCCAAGGCCGCCAAAACAGGUGUUGCCGCCGAGAAUAACGGGGACGCCAUGGUAGAUGCGGGCGUGGACCAGAUGGAUGAGGAUGACGGAAUGGACGACGUCGACGAGUCGAACCCAAUGGCUGCCCUGCUUGCCAGCGCUCGUGCUGCCGCCGUAAAGUACGACAAGUCCCUUGCGGCGAGUGACGACGACAUGGACGAUGAUGACGAUGACGACUACGACAGCGAUGGCGACGCUUCUGAUGACGGCGCACACGUCUCCAUUGGCCAGGCGUCAUCACGAAAGACCUUUGACAAGGUCUUCAAGCAGGUCGUCGAGGAGGCCGACGUUGUUCUGUACGUCCUCGACGCCCGCGACCCGGAGGGCACUCGCUCCCGCGAAGUCGAGCGCAGCGUCGUGGCCGCCGCCGCGGGCGGCAAGCGCCUGAUCCUCAUCCUCAACAAGGUCGACCUGAUCCCCCCCAAGGUGCUGCGCGACUGGCUCGUCUACCUGCGCCGGUACUUCCCUACGCUGCCCGUGCGAGCGGCGAAUGCGGCGGCGAAUGCGCACAUGUUCAACCACCGCGACUUGAGCGUUCAGAGCACCUCUGCUGCGCUCUUCAAGGCCCUGAAGAGCUAUGCUGCCAGCCGCGACCUGAAGCGUGCCGUCUCUGUCGGUGUCAUUGGUUAUCCCAACGUUGGUAAGAGCUCCGUCAUCAACGCUCUGCUCAGCAGAAUGAGCGGCAGGGGCGCCAGCGCAGCCAAGGCCUGCCCUGCUGGUGCAGAGGCCGGCGUCACAACGAGCAUCCGCAAGGUCAAGAUUGACAGCAAGCUCACGCUGCUCGACUCCCCCGGUGUCGUCUUCCCGUCCUCGUCCUCGGUCCAGUCCGGCGGCCUCGUCACCAUCAAGAACGCCACCGAGGCCCACGCCCACCUCGUUCUGCUCAACGCCGUUCCCCCCAAGCAGAUUGAGGAUCCCAUCCCCGCCGUCAGCCUGCUGCUCCGCCGUCUCUCUGCCACCCCUGAUCUGCUGCAGAAGCUCACCGCCGUGUACGACAUCCCCGCCGUCCUGCCCAGCAGCGCCGACGGCGACAUCACCUCGGAUUUCCUGGUCCAGGUUGCCCGUAAGCGUGGCAGGCUCGGCCGUGGCGGUGUCCCCAACAUCAACGCUGCCGCCAUGACCGUUGUGACUGACUGGCGAGACGGCCGAAUCCAAGGAUGGGUCGAAGCCCCCGUCUUGGCAGUCGAGAAUGCAAAGGGCCAGAACGGCGCUACCAAACCAGCCAUCAAGAACGCCGGCGAGGAAGAGGUCAUGGCCGACCAGAAGGAGAUUGUCACAGAAUGGGCUGCAGAGUUCAAGCUCGAUGGCCUAUGGGGCGAUGACAAUGCUAAUGAGGGUGAUGCCAUGGAGCAGUAA